UGCGCCUUCCGCAGCCUGUUGGUGCGAGAGGGGUUCUGCGCGUACCACUCCGACCCGAGCGAGCGGGAGCGUGGAGGCUUUGGCCCGGGAAGCAGGCUCCUGUUUACAGUCGUUGUGUUUUGGGGACGAGCUGCAGUUUAGGGCGAGUGGCCGCAGGCUGGACAGAGGACCCGGCGAUCUGCGGCGCGCGGCUCUGCCCAGGACGGGGUCCUUCCGGGCUGGCCCCCCGAGUGUGGCUCUGCCGCUCGAGACCCUGCCGACGCCCAGGUCGCGCCGCCCAGCAGGGAGAGGGCUACUUUUCUAGAGCUGGCCUCUGGCUGUCUUGAACCUGAAGAAAACAUGUGGAGCGGGCUGCUGCCUCCUGGCCUGAGUGAACAUGAUGCUGAGUUGAAUUCUGAAGAUGAGGCCACGCUAGAGAACUCUGGACUUACCCUGCAGGGAGAUAAAGAAGAUGGGCCCGUACCCAAAGCAGGCCCCACAGCGUUCCCUAGCAAUGGACCGGAACCUGAAGCAGAAGCAAGAGUAAAUGCUUAUGAAGAAUGUCCUUCUGGAAUUCCCUUAAAUAUGUGGAAUAAAUUUCAAGAGUUGCAUAAAAGACAUUCUGAACAGAAAACCUCAGUUUCAAGAUUCAAAGGGAAAAAAAGAAAACGUUCAAAAAAAGGUAACUUGAAGGAUGAAGAAGAAUCUCAUAGUGCACAGACCUCAAGUGAAACCCAGUGGAAGGAGCUUACUCAGUAUUUUGGAAUUAAUGAUAGGUUUGAUCCACCAGUUAAAAAGAAAAAAGUUGAGAAGUCUGGCCUAGAGAAGAGUGUCGACCAGGCAGUGGGUGAGUGGGACAUCGAGAAGGCCGAGGAGCUCAGCGACCAGCUCGCCACCCGUGAGCUUGGGGUAAAAAUUGCCAAAGCGGUAGCCUGCCACAACUUUGUAAAAGCCAAAAAGGACGCAGAAAAUUCACAGGUUGCCAGGAAAAAGAAGAAGCUUGCUUGGGGGUUUGAAGCAAAGAAGAGAUGGGAGACCAAAAGCAACAUGGGCUACAUGUGACCGCCGCGUUGGCGUCCGCGGCCCGUGGCCGGGUCUGCGGCCCCCCUGUCCACUGCAAAGCUGGCCCGCUCCUGCGGAACACACUCAGGACGUUGCUAGAAGUGGAAACAAUAAGCAUAAAAGGAGGAGCUGGUUAUCAACUCUUCUCAGUGCCUUCUAGAUUCCGUCCCAUUGAAGGGAAUGAAGUGGCACAUUCCGGUUGCUCAUCUGAGAAAUCUAAGCAGACAUACAGGGGAGGAGAUAAGAUUUUACUUCUUCAUGUUGGCCCCAGCACAGCCAGCCUCACGCUGCGUCCGAAGAGCGUAGCACGGCCGGUGGGUUCCUUGAGCCGCCGUAUCUGUGCGCGUGUACAGCACUCUGCAGUUGCGUUGCCAGGACUGGCGUUUGUUUAUAAUGGAUUAGUUAUAAGUACAAGAAAGUCUCAGUUGAUGCCGUCUUUACAAAUGGCUUUAAUUAUCUUAAUGUUAUAAUAGCAAUUAGUUUUUUUAAUGGAGGCAGUUACCAAGUAAAGCGAUUGAUUAAUUUUUGUGUACCUUCAGAGAAAACAUUUCAAUAAUAAAAUAUAUACACAUUUUUUUUUUCCUUUUUCUUUUUGGAGGGUGAUUAAGUUAACUCUGCCUAGAAAUGCUUUCCUAAGUCUCUCUCAGCCAUGUCAUUCUUUAAAUUAUGAGGUGGCUCUUGGGAGAGAAAAUGGUAUAAUUGCAUUAUAUUAAAUAGGUAUAGUUCAGACAGCAGCUUUAAAACUUCGGAUGACAUGGUUCUCCCCUGCAUUCUUCCUUACGUGAAGGCAGGAAGAGGAGGCGGCGGGGUGCCGUGGGGCUGUUUUUCCGAGGCAGGUGUCCUGUCCUGAUGAGGAGGUCUUCCUCACCAGCUCGCAGGCUGGCUCUUGUGCCCCUGGCGGCGUGUCUGGGUCCUGAGCAGCCCCGGGGCAUCCUGGCCCCUUCUGCCUGCAGAGAGGAGCACCGCUCACAGUCCCGAGUUCACCACCCUUCCUCGGCCCUUCCCGGGUUAUCUGAGAAACUUUCUCUGGGUUGAUAAUAUGAAUGCAGGAACAGAGAAAGUGAUUCAUGGUUCUAGUUAUGUUACUAUUAUGAUUAUUACCAUUUUGCUGUUAGACUUUCAGUGGUAACAAGAUUUUACUAAUGUAUGGUGACAUAUUUGACAUGUUUCUAUGUUCUGGGAUAAGUAACUAGUUGGUAUUAAUGAGAACCAAAAUCUUUUUUUGCUUCCACGGGCAUGAGGGAAACCAGAAUAAAGAAAAGGUUUAGGAGGUUGUAUAGAGUUGCUGAUAGAGUUCAUCCUGCAACGUCCUGACGAACUGUGUACCCACACGCCUCCCUCUUGUGCUGGGGCAGCCUUACCUGAAGUGAGUACAGUGAAAAUAAAAAAAGCUGUUCA